GUAAAUCAAUCACUGUGGUACACCACAUUAACAAAAAGGCAGGAUAAAAACCGUAUGAUUAUUUCAAUAGAUGCUAAAAAGGCAUUUGACAAAACUCAACAUCCAUUCAUGAUAGAAAUACUCAACAAAGUGGGUGUACAGGACACGUAUCUCCACAUAACAAAGGCCAUGUACAACAAACCCACAGCCAAUAUACUCUUGGGAAAAGCCGUUUUUUCUAAGAACGCUUGUAACGCGCCUGCCAGCCAAGGGCUCUAGGACCCAGAGGCUGCGGCGGGGCUAGAAGGGCCCGCCGUACCCUCUGGGACUCAGGCGCAAGCUGCGGCGGGACGCGGGUUCGGGGCCCGCCAGAGGACGGUCGCCGCGGGGACGCCGCCGACACUCUGGCGCUCGGGAGGCGCACAGUGCGCGUGGGCGUGUCUCCGAGAGGCCGCGCUCCCCGCCCCACCCGAGCCGGGUCGGUUGCCCCCAGGCCCGUGCCCUCGGCGGGCAGCGCAGAGCGCGGGAGCAGUGGGGGCCGGGUAUGCCUGCAGCCCCUUGGGCGACCGCCGCCGCCACCGGUACGCGCCGCUGACGCGCAGAGAUGAAAUUCCCGGGUUCUGUGCUGGCGUCCGUGUUCCUGUUCGUGGCCGAGACGGCGGCGGCGCUAUACCUGAGCAGCACCUACCGCUCGGGCGGGGAUGGCAUGUGGCAGGCGCUGACGCUGCUUUUCUCCCUGCUGCCCUGCGCGCUUGUGCAGCUCACGCUCCUCUUCGUGCACCGCGACUUCAGCCGCGACCGCCCGCUCGUGCUGCUGCUGCACCUGCUGCAACUCGGGCCCCUCUUCAGGUGUUUUGAAGUCUUCUGCAUCUAUUGUCAGUCAGGCCACAUUGAAGAGCCUUAUGUCAGCAUCACCAAGAAGCGACAGAUACCAAAAGAUGGCCUCUCGGAGGAGAUUGAGAAGGAAGUUGGCCAGGCAGAGGGCAAGCUAUUCACCCACCGAUCUGCCUUCAGCCGGGCAUCAGUGAUCCAGGCAUUCCUGGGCUCAGCACCGCAGCUCACCCUUCAGCUGUAUAUAAGCACCCUGCAGCAGAACAUCACUAUUGGAAGAUGUCUCUUCAUGAUCCUAUCCCUGUUGUCCAUUGUGUACGGAGCCUUGCGCUGCAACAUCCUAGCCAUCAAGAUUAAGUAUGAUGAAUAUGAGGUCAAAGUGAAGCCUCUGGCCUAUGUCUGUAUCUUCCUCUGGAGGAGCUUUGAGAUUGCCACUCGUGUCAUUGUCCUGGUUCUCUUUACCUCCGUCCUGAAGGCCUGGGUGGUGAUGGUCAUACUCAUCAACUUCUUCAGCUUCUUCUUCUAUCCCUGGAUCCUCUUCUGGUGCAGUGGCUCCCCAUUCCCUGAGAACUUUGAGAAGGCCUUCAGUCGGGUGGGCACCACCAUCGUGCUGUGCUUCCUCACCUUUCUCUAUGCUGGUAUCAACAUGUUCUGCUGGUCAGCUGUGCAGCUGAAAAUCAACAGCCCUGACCUCAUCAGCAAGUCCCAGAACUGGUACCGGCUACUGGUGUAUUACAUGUUGAGAUUCAUUGAGAACGCCUUCCUCCUCCUCGUGUGGUAUUUUUACAAGACCGACAUCUAUAUGUAUGUGUGUGCACCUCUGUUGAUUCUGCAGUUGCUCAUUGGGUACUGCACAGCCAUUCUAUUCAUGCUUGUAUUCUAUCAGUUCUUCCAUCCUUGCAAAAAGCUCUUUUCAUCCAGUGUUUCUGAUGGCUUUCAGAGGUGGCUAAAGUAUGUUUGCUGCAACUGUAGGCAGCAGAAACCCUGUGAGUCUGCAGCAAAGACAGAUAUAAGGUUACCCGGAGGUAGAGAUGAGACACCUUCUAGCAGUAAAGUAAGUUCUGUGCCCAGCCAGAUCUUCACUACUGAUGAGCUCUGCCCUGCUUAAUAGGACCUGAGCCUUCUUGGGGUACAGACAUACUGUUUUCUUCGUUGAUCCCUGUUCUUCACAAGUGAUGAGCCCUGCACAGUUAGCAAAGCAGGAAAUUAGCUCUCAACUCCUUGUGAGUUGCUCCCCUUUAGAGAGCUCUUGGGUGUGUGGAAACUAUGAAGAGAAGCCAGGAAAACCCCUGAGUGUUGGAGGGGCAGUCUAAGGCACCACCAUUCCAGUUGACCAUACUGUCCUAGGUGUCACUGGCCUUUUCACUGAUGAAGUACACAUGAUAUCUGACUUGGGCUGGUUAGAUCCGUCAGGUUAGUUUGAGGACAGGGGCUUUCUUGUUUUCUAGUUUUCUGGACUGCUGGUCUAGAUAGCCUAAUGUUUUAUUAUCCCCAAAUAUAGUUUUCGCCCAAGAGCUGUUCUGCUGACCAGAGGUAACUGGGGUUUUGUUAUCAGCAGCAUCAUUCCUGUCAGAGUUUCCAGAGAGGGCUGUUCAAGUUUGGCUUUUGAAUAGAUAGAUCUUCCAUUUUCAUCUCAUUAGGGCUCUUGGUACAUAACCAACUGUAGUCAUCUUGGCCUGCUAUCUCUAAUUGAUUUUUAAAGUCUAGAUUUGGAGAUUUAAUUCCCCAGAAUCCAUGGAUGUAGUAUUAUGGAAGCCCUAGGACUUUAGGAAAGUUGUGUUCUUUCAAUAUGUUAAAGAAGUUCUGAAUCAAGAGGUUGUUAAAACAUCAAAAUGAGGUAGGAUUUUAUAAGCUCAAUUCUUACUUUCUCAGGAUGGAUCUGCUGGAAGGUAGGCUUAAACCUUUCAAGGUUCAGUCCUGUGCUGCAAGUCUGAGAAAUUUCCAGUGGAAUUGCUAGAAUUUGCCUUGUUAAGAAGGAAGAAAAUAAAACUCAUAAUCUUCACUCCUUUCUUCCUUGACUGUCAGGAAAAUUUUAAACAAGAGUUACCUUGGUUAACUUAAAUUUUCUUGAAAACUCCACAGAACUGUCUCACCUAGUACAGGUAUAUAGGGCAUUUUAAUUUUCAUUAUUUGAAGGAAGAGCAUUUCCCUGUCCAUUAGAUAUUGACUUCAGAAAAAUUUAAAUUAUAGAAAGAGAUGAAAUGGCCAAAAGAUUUUUGUAUUUAACUAUAUGCCCUUAGAUUUGGCAUGAGUUAAUUUGAACAAGAGCUCCAAUUUUAUCCUACUAUAUUCUCUUAUCUUCAGUUAAUUUCUCCUGUAAUCUAGAGCCCUAUUUGUUUCCUAAAAGGAUUGUGUAGCAUAUCCUCAAUUGUCUUAGGAAAAUGCCUGGAUCUAGUGCCAUGACUUCUAUAAAAACCUUAAUAGUGAAAUACCUGGAAACUGGUGACCUGUCAUUGACUAAGCUGGACAUUGCAGACCAGUCAGGCUUGACAGCCUAAAGACUCCUAACAGCAGAACUUUCUGACCCAUCUGGUUUCUAACAGCCAGUCUGUCAGGGGACAAGUUAAAAAUGUUAAGUUUGAACAGGAGUUUAUAGUCAGAAGUAGACAGAGAUGGAGAGCCUGGUACUUCCUAUCCUUGGUUUAGAAGCCUCUCUCAAGAACCAUUAUAAAAUCUGAGCCUUCAAAUACAUUCUAAAUCAUUUUAGUACCAAAGAUAGGUCAGCAUCUUGAGUAAUCCCAAACCAAACUCACAGUGAUGGUUUAUCAGAAUGCCAAAGCCUAUUUAUAGGCCACAUUUCUAAGGAUAAGAGGUUUGGUAAUUAAAUUGGAUAUUUUGUCAUCUUUUAACCCUUGAUAUACAGAUAUUCCUGGUUUGAGGCCAUGUAUAUCCAUUCAUUUUGGGAGAGAGAAACCACUGCUUGUUUUCUGCAUGUUGAAUACUUAAGUCAUGGUGAACUGAGAAUUUUUAAUCUAAAAUUAUUUAUAUUUUACCUCUGCAGUGGCAAAGUUACAGUUCAGACUACAGAGCUAGGUUGCCCUAAAGACAAAUUAGCAAGUUUCCUCUGCAAUGAGAGUUAAAAUGGGUUUUUCAAUUAUAAUUCCAAUUUUUAAAACUCUCAGUGCUUUGUCUAAUUAAUUACAUGCCAUAACUUGUCACGACAGCUGCUCCAACUGAAUCAUUAUUUGGCUAUAUGGAGGUGAAGUAUUCCCUCAAAAUAUGUCAAGAUAAGAUCAUUAAACAUGUUUGGACUUCAUAACUGGAGACAGUGCAGUAUAGAGAUUGGCAUCUCCCUGUCCAGCCCUACGAGUUACUUAAUUGCUCUAUACCUUAGUUUUUUCGCCCACCAAAUUUGAAUGACGUAUUUGCCCAGCCUACCUCACAAGGUUGUUGGAAAGAUCAGUUAAAUAAUAGUUGUGGAAAUGCUUUGAAAAUAUUUUUUAAAUGUCAUGCAUAUUUAAGUAGUUGUUAAUAUAGUCAUUCAAGUCCAUAAACAGAUCAUUAUUAUUUUUUUACUGUUAGAAAAGAAACAUGUAGUGUCAUCCAUAAGAGUGUUUUGAGUGAACAUGUUGGCCUUUGGCCUUACAGAAGGGCAAGUGUAAAUGGUCUUUACUCUUAGAGAGAAUCUGCAGUGCCCUUUCUCUUACCAUCAGUUUCUUUCAAAAAUUAGCGCCCAAAUUUAUGCUCAGUGAAAUAAGCCAGGUGGAGAGAGACAAGUACCAAAUGAUUUCACUCAUACGUGGAGUAUAGGAACAAAGAAAAACUGAAGGAAUAAAACAGCAGCAGAAUCACAGAACC